AUGUAGUACUUAAUCAUAAAGAUCUAUUAGACAAGACUAGACAAAAUUCUUAUACAAUUCUUUGCAAAAAACCUUAUAUGCUUUAUCUACAAAUGAUCUUUGGUUUUGCGAAUUCAUCACUAUUUUAGACCAUGAAAUUUUUCAAGAAACAUAGAUCCAUGUUUCCAUUAGUUACAAUAUUUUACUUAAGUGAAACACUACUCUAAAGGUUUAUAUUGGUGUAAUUUUAUUCUUUAAAAAUAUUUAAUAAUUAUAAAUGUCGUUAUGCAAAAAAUUUAAAGACACAUGAAACAUAGUGAGUAUUAAAUUAACUAUCAAUGCUUGAAACAUAGAAAUUAAUUUAAAAAUGUUAAUCUUAGAGUUAACUAAAGUAAUAAAAGAAAUUAUGUUAUUUCAAAACAACUAAAAAUGUUAUUUUAUUAAUUAAUACAGUCACUAUCAAUAACAUUCAAAACCAUUUGAUUACUAUAUAUAUACAUUUAGAUAUCAUGGUAAGAGGAGAAUAAAAAUCAAACAAUAAGUAAAAAAUUAAUCAUACAAAAUGGACACUAAGACAAUUUUUAUGACAUUUUUCAUAAUCAACACUUUAGUGUCAUGUGUGUAUCCAUGUUUGGGCCAAGAAGAUGUUGAUGAUAAACCACUAGUCAAUCCCGGUGAGUUUGAUACAUUGGAUGCAUUAUCGCCGGCUUCGCAGGAGUACAAUAUUUAUAUGUUAGAGAACCUCCCACCAAAAUACAAAACGUAUCUCGGAACCUGUGCUGAUAAGAUGGGGCCCAGUGGUAUUUCGGAAUGUAAUGAAGAUGUUCUUAGAGAGAUUCUUACGAACAAACCUGUUUCAAGAGAGUGUUGUUUGAUGGUAGUAAGAGCUGGAAAAGAAUGCUACAUGGAGAUUAGAAAGUUCAUGUUUCGAUUGUAUCAACUCAAACGCUUGGCUUCUCAAGUUUCUUUCAAAACUAUUGAGGUUUGGAACAGAUGUUCUGCUAAAGUUGAAAGUCCUUCAUCAUCUCACGACCACGCGAUUUAGUUAUCUUGAUUGAAUCUUUUGUUUUAUAUGAUGUAUUAUAAAAUAAUGGUUUGUUAUAUUAUUCUAACUAUAUAAAAUAAAAUAAAACUUUCAUUAGCUUAUUUUUUCCUAACUCUAGUAUGAUACCUUGGUUGUUCUAACUAGUGUUUGUUUAGCAUAGUUAUUUUAGUUUAUCAAAUAUAAAAUAUAAUUGCACAUGUACUUGUUAAACAAAAUCAUAUAUUUCUUUCUUUGUAACUCAAAUAAAUUAAGUGAUUUGAAAUUCAAGUAUAUUUAUGAAAACAAAUAAAAAGUGAGAGAACGAUAUAGAGAAAAACUUUAGGUAACUUUAAUUUUUAGUGAAAAAAAAACGUUCAUCUCACUUUUGUGAUUGUAGUUAGGACCUAAUAUGAAAAUUCCUGAUAACGGAUUGUAAGUUAAUUAUCUAAAACUCUUUUACAAUGAUUUUCACGAAACAUAUAACUUCUCUGUUUUUCAAAGUUUAUAUCAUCUCUUCUUUUGUAAUAAUUCACUUACAGAAUGAAAUAAUCUUUGUCUUUGUAGGAUUAAAAUAUGGAUUUUUAUGAGAAAACUGAUUAGAGGGACAUUUACUUGAUCAAAGGAACAAUACGCUUCUUGAUGGGCCAAUACCCUAUAUGAAAAAAGGCAUCAUAUUUCAACAGUUCAGAACAGGACGUUGUCGAUACAUCGGGUGAUAACGGAGGAAGCCGGAGCUACGGUGACGGUCAGCUCGUUUCCGAAGAAAUCGACGGAGUGCUCUUGGUGAGUGUGAUAACUUGCGACAGUUAUUAUAGUCCUCGUGUAUAUGUUUUAUCAUGUACCCGUACAUUAAACGUUUUCACCGUUUGAUCUUUGGAUGCAUUUGUACAGUUAUAAUCGGGCGGUUCAUACUUAAGAAGCAUGUAAUGUCACGUCAUCAGGUCCUUAGUAUGCGAUUUGGUGAAAGGUUUCAAAAGUUAAGAACGUAAAGAAGAAUAUUUUUCGUAUAUUUAUCAGAUUAUGAUCGUUAAUGGACUAAUUUGUUAGGAUCGGUGAUCUUUCUAAAUCGAACUAAGAAUUUUAAAACUCAACUCAACCCUUACCAUGUAUAUGAU